CAUUUAUUUAACAGGAAACAAGAAAAAGUUUUAAAUUGUGUGUAUCCUCGUAUCACAUUGCCGUUUAAAACAAACUUUCACAUUUCCGGCAAAACUUUCACAUUGUGUGAAGACUACAGGGUUAUCAUUUGAGAAAAUGUUUCCAAGAAAGAUACUCCGUAGGAUUUAAGUUGGAAGUGGACCACUUGAACCAAUUUUCUUUUCCUUUGUGUGUAUCAAGUCUUACCGGGUCUAAUCCUUGAUGGGGUUUUCCCCUUUGGAUCUUUCCUUGAUUCAGGAAAAACAAUAGUUUGUGUUGAUCAGCUUCUUAUCCUCCAUCUCUCGAGUGUUGGCAAAAACAACAGUCCAUGUGUUUAUGUGCAUGUAUGUAUGUAUCUGCAAGCAUAUCACCAUAACAGAUUCAUGUGGGUUUCUAUUUUACUAAACCUUCGAUGGAUGGGUGAAUUUUGUAUCUGGAAUAUUUUGCAACCAAUAAUGUAUAGAUUUAGGGAUUAGGAGUUUUAUGAUUGAGGGGGGACCUGUUCGUUUUAUGUCAUCACCAUCCAUUAGCUGAGUAUAUGGGUAGUUCUUUUGAGCCAUCAUCAUCCAUAAGCUUCACUUCAUCCCCCCAAACAUCAAAUGGAUCCACUGGGCAGAUUGGGCCAAACACCUGCGGAUAUAACCCAGGUUUCAGUCUAGAAAUGAUCAGUCUGAAUAAGCUCAGCAAUUGUCUGGAGAGCCUCUUGUCUGAUUCCAGUCUAGGUUAUUGUGAUGCCGAUUUUGUUGUUGAGGGGAUUAGCAUAGGCAUCCACCGGUGUAUAUUAGCAGCUAGGAGUAGGUUCUUUCAUUUGCUUUUCAGUAAAGACAACGAGAGUGGUGUUAGACCAAGGUAUCUUGUGGAGGAUUUGCUGCCUUUUGGUGAUGGUAAUACUAAGGUAGGGUAUGAGGCUAUUGCAGCUUUUCUCAGCUAUUUGUAUACAGGGAAACUAAAGCCUUCUCCGCCCGAGGCCUCUACUUGCGUUGAUUCUGUAUGUACACAUGAUUCCUGCAGGCCCGCGAUCAACUUUGCCGUGGAAAUGAUGUUUGCUUCUUCAGCAUUUCAGGUGCCCGAGCUUGUUUCUCUUUUUCAGACGCGGCUUCUGAAUUUUGUUGGAAGAGUUUUGGUGGAUGAUGUCAUCCCCAUACUUGGUGUUGCUUUCCAUUGCAAAUCAACUGAGCUUCUCAAUGAAUGCAUCAAUAGAGUGGCACGAUCAGAUCUCGAUAUCAUAUCUAUCGAGAGGGAGGUGCCCCAUGAGGUCGCGGAGCACAUCAAAUUGUAUAGAACCAAGCCUCAGCCUGAUGAGAAUAAAUCCAUGCAGCCAGACCCGCUGCGUGAGAAAAGAAUAAAGAGAAUACACAAGGCUUUGGAUUCCGAUGACGUUGAACUGGUAAAACUUCUCCUGACCGAGUCCUCAGAUGUGACUCUAAAUGAAGCAUAUGCUCUUCACUAUGCUGCAUCAUAUUGUGAUCCUAAGGUUGUCUCUGAGGUUCUCGGCCUAGGUUUGGCCGAUGUCAACCUUCGCAAUUCCAGGGGGUACACCGCACUACAUGUUGCAGCGAAGCGUAAAGAUCCGUCAAUCAUAGUAUCCCUCUUGACCAAGGGGGCUUGCGUGUUGGAGACAACAUGGGAUGGUCAAAGUGCGGUUAGCAUAUGUAGGAGGUUAACUAGGCCGAAAGACUAUCAUGCAAAGACGGAACAAGGGCAGGAAGCAAAUAAAGACAGGAUAUGCAUUGAUGUAUUGGAGAGGGAGAUUCUCAGGAAACAUCCAAUGGCUGGAGAUGGGCUGCCCUCUUCACCAAUCAUGGCUUCUGAUGAUCUUCACAUCAAACUCCUUCACCUGGAAAACAGAGUGGCAUUUGCUCGGCUACUAUUCCCCGUUGAAGCUAAACUAGCCAUGGAAAUCGCAAAUGCAGAGGCAAAAGCUGAGUUUGGAAACUUUCGGGAGGUUGAUUUGAAUGAGACACCAAUAAUGCAGAAGAAAAGACUUUUUGCUAGAAUGGAAUCUCUCUCGAAAACAGCUUCCAACUUUCAUCUGCUCCGCUGCUUAGCUUGGUCCUUCCAGACCGAUGAGUUCUCGUUCAGCUUCUCCAUAUUAAAGUGGAGCUGGGACAACGCUACUUCCCUAAUUGCUCGCAAGUUCUGGAUAACCUCAUGGAGGAUGAUUUACCAGAUCUAUUCUAUCUCGAGAAAGGUACUUCCGAGGAGCAAAAACAUAAGAGGAAGCGAUUCAAGGAGCUCAAGGAUGAUGUCCAGAGGGCAUUCAACAAAGACAUGGCUGAAAGUCGAUGUUCUAUAUUAUCUCCCUCUUUAUCUUGCACUUCUUCCAAAGAUACCGUAGGUCAUAAGUUUAUGAAAAUCUGAAGUCCACGCUGAUGUCAAAUGUCAGAUCUAAAAACUGAAAUUCAAGUAUCUCUUUUGGACAUCAAUCAAACAGUACAAAAAAAGCCACAUUAGUAAAGAAAUGGUUGUAAAGACUGGUUGAUGGUUUCCACUUCCAAAAGAAAUUUAAUGUAUUUCUAGAGCCAUAAUCCUCUGAGGAGGAGGGCUUACGUUGAUGGUUUCCACUUCCAAAAGAGUCAAGAAAUGUAAUAACUGGCUGUAAAGACGAUUUUUACUCAGCAGCUAGCUUGUUUGAAAAAUGCGUAUGCUGCUUAGUUCCGUGUACUCAGUUUUUUAUUGUUGUUUUGCUCUUAACAUGAUCUUUGAAUCAAAUUUCUUUCUCUUAUUGGUGCAUGCGUGUGUGUAUAUUACUAAAUACUUUUUUGUAAAUAAAAGUUACUAGUAUUUACAGGAGUACUACAACGCCA